GAGAUUCAAGUCCUUAACUUUCCCUACUCAUACUGUACAGUACAGUUCACUGCACCUGCUUUGCCUCCCCUUCAUUCUAGAUAUUUUAUUUUAUUUUAUUUUUUGAGAGUGAAGUGAAAUGCCCCGCCCACAGCUUGCUCGGCGUGCCCUGCUAGGCCUGACACCAUCCACCCUUCGCUGGCAAAGCAGUAGGGUUCCCAGAGUUCGCCCGCUGACAAGUAUACUCAUUGCGAAUCGUGGGGAGAUCGCAUUGUAUCCUCCCCCUACAGCUCUGAAUUAUCCCUCCCCUUGGAGCGCACAGUAGUUUGUUAACAGAAGGCGGUACAGGAGAGUCAACCGCACAGCAAGCGAAUACGGCAUCCGAACGACAACGGUAUACACAGAUCCGGACAAACAUGCACAACAUGCGAGCGUGACGCCGCAUUCCGUGAAUUUAGGACCGCCGUCGGCCUACCUUGAUGUAGAUAAAAUUAUCAAGGCGGCGAAGGAGAGGGGGUGUGAUUCUAUUCAUCCUGGGUACGGGUUUGUAUGUUCUCAGUCCCUAUUUCCACCUCUGAGUUGGGUUUCGGGAGCGAGGGAAGAAGGAAAACUAAAUAGGGGUGGGAGGGGAUUAGUUGAGUGAGAAUUCGGCGUUCGCGAAGCGGGUUACAGAGGAGGGUUUAAUAUUUAUCGGACCACCGUCUACGGCAAUUGAGGCUAUGGGGAAUAAGAGGUAUUUCCGCAACUCGGAGAAAUUUACAGUUGCGGUUAUUGACGGGAGUCCGAUAGCCAAUCUAAAGACAUUAUGCUCAAAGCUGGAGUUCCCUGUAUCCCGGGUUACCAUGGCUCAAAUCAGGGCCCAGACUUCCUUCUCCAAGAAGCAUCAAAAAUCGGCUUCCCGGUAUUAAUCAAAGCUGUAAAGGGCGGCGGUGGGAAGGGAAUGCGGAUCGCAAGGACCCCCGCAGAAUUCCCGGACAUGCUUAAUUCGGCAAAGUCCGAAGCCAGGUCUUCAUUCGGGGACGAGGUGGUCCUUGUCGAAAAGUACAUUACCACCCCACGACAUAUCGAAGUCCAAGUAUUUGCCGAUAGCCACGGGAAUUGUGUGGCACUGGGAGAGCGAGAUUGCUCUGUUCAGAGACGGCACCAGAAGAUUCUUGAGGAGUCCCCGGCGCCAGACUUGGACCCCGUUCUCCGGAAGCACAUCUGGGAUAAAGCUAGAGCCGCGGCACUCGUAGUAGGGUACCAGGGAGCGGGCACCGUUGAGUUCAUCUUUGACAAUGAUACCGGGGAGUUCUUCUUCAUGGAGAUGAACACAAGACUGCAGGUCGAGCACCCGGUUACCGAAGAAGUGACUGGGACGGACUUGGUUCACUGGCAGCUCCUGGUAGCCGCCGGGCUUCCACUCCCACUCACCCAGGAGCAGGUCGAGAAGCAGAUGGAAGGCCACGCAUUCGAGGCGAGAAUAUACGCCGAGAACCCAGACAUGGGAUUCGUCCCAGACUCGGGAGAACUGGUCUACCUGCGCACGCCCAAGACCUCCCAGACAGUGCGGAUAGACGCCGGCUUCGGCGAAGGCGACAUCAUAUCCCCCCACUAUGACCCCAUGAUUGCAAAGCUCAUCGUGAAAGGCCCGGACCGAAAGGCAGCACUGGCGAAACUCCGCGCGGCCUUAGAGGAAUACGAGGUAGUCGGCCUCUCAACCAACAUCGAAUUCCUCAAAAAGCUCGCGGCACACCCGGCAUUCAUCGCAGGGGAGGUGGAAACCGGCUUCAUAGACAAGCACAGGUCCUCACUCUUCGCGAUAGAGCCAACACCGCCGGAAGUCUAUGCCCAAGCCGCUAUGUCCGUAAUCCUCAACGGGAAAAUCCAACAGAGCCCCACAGACCCGUUCAGCAUCUGGGGUGGCAACAUUGGCUUCGUCGGCAGCUUCCAAGAGCGCAUCGUAGAGUUCGUCGAGAGAAGGGGCGGGGUGGAAGCCCGCGUCCCCGUGUCCGUAAAGCAGACAGGGCGGGAUACUUACGACCUCACCGUCGACGGGAAAGCCGCAUACCCCUCCAUAACAGCACACAUCUCCCCCCUGGAAAAGUCCAAAGUGGUAGGCUUCUACCCACACACCCGCCUCGAAACGACGGUUGUUAGGAAGGAGGACACGUUGGUUGUAUUCCAGCGCGGGAAGCAGUACAAGCUGGACAUCCCACGUCCAGCGUGGUUCGAAAAGGCGCUUGGGGUGGCGGAUUUGACGAACAGCGUGCUGGCGCCCAUGCCAUGCAAGGUGCUCAGGGUCUCGGUCAAGGAGGGGGAUAGGGUGGCCAAGGACGCGCCGUUAGUGGUUAUCGAAAGUAUGAAGAUGGAGACUGUGAGUUUGCCCAUUGAGCUACGGAAUCAAGUGAAACGGGGUAAGGCUGACGCGGGGAUCUCUUUUACCCCGAACAGGUGAUACGGAGUCCGCACGAUGGAGUAAUUGCUAAAAUUGUGCACGGGGAAGGGGUGAGUUUCGACUGACAGUGCUCGGGCUAGCAUGCUAACGAAUCCACCACAGGACGUAGUAAAAGCCGGGGUAGCGCUAGUCCUCUUUGAAGAAGACUCUGAGACCGGAUCUACCGCCGCAGGGGAAUGAUCGCCAAGCGAUCCAUCCAAGCGCGCGGGCCAUCGUACAGGUCCAGUUGUGCUCGUGUGGUACCUUAGUCCGCCAUGUAAAAUUUAGUACCGUAUGAUACGAGUACUCGUACAUACCAUACGGUACUCCCUCCAGACAAGCUCCGUACCGUCUAUUUUAUCUUCCCCCCCCCCUCUCUCUACCGCUAUCCACACCCGCACCGGGUGUCUAGCGAAACCAAUUCUGCUUGUAAACUACAGUACGAGUAGAAAAUAGUAACUACCAAUCAAAUCCGGUAUAGCUCCUUUUGUCCUGCGUAUCACAUCCAAAUAAGGAAGUGGACCCUGCACGGUUUCAUCAUGGGAUAGCGCCAAGGAGUGGUCGUUAGGAAUACCACCAGCCUAACCAGAUCAGAGGUGAUCCGCAAAACAAGAAUAUCCGCACAUCAACAAAGCAGGGAAAGCAGGGCAGAGCAAGAGCGAGAGCAAGAGCAAGAGAAGUCAACAAAUUUCCCCAGCGGGUGGUGGCGCAAUAUUUGUAGCAAUCCUGCUUCACCAGUGCUGUACCGUACCCCAAGCCGACACAACAUGGUACGGUACCGAUAGCACAACCAAGCACUCGUCACCGGCGGCGACUGGCUAUGCGUACAGCACUGGUACGAGCACCCCACCACGAUAUAAACACCGAUACCUCCCACCCCUCCUUCCUCCACCCAACAAACCCAUCUCCCUCCUCCACCCAAACAAGCAACAGAAACAUCACACUAACAGAGAAGAAAAAAAACACCCCCCACCUCUUCUUCCAAUUCUUCAAUUUCAAAAUGGUUCAAAAGAACAAGUCCCACAGAACCCCCCUCCCAGAUCCCGCCAUAAUAACGGGUUCCCGAUUAACGGCCCGCAUCCUCCAACUCCUGAUCGCCCUAGUGGCAUCAGUAAUCUACGGCCGGGACCUCCAGUCGGCGACUAGGGACGACCAGAGGGCCGACUCGCGCUGGGUCUUCGCGGAGGUGGUGGCCGGGAUUAGUAUCCUGCUCGCGAUGGCUUAUGUAGUGCCCUUCGUGAGGAGUUUCAAGACGUUCUAUUUGGAUGGGGUUGUCUUGUAGGUCUUUUUUUUUUUUUUUGCCCCUUGAUUUCUUUUGGAUUUUGUUUGGGGCUGAUGGUUUUCAUGAUAGCUUGCUUUGGGUCGUCCUGUUGGGCAUUUUUGGGGUUUUGUUUGCCAAGGUUGAUUGUCGUGGGAUGGCGGAUUGUCGUAGGAUGAAGGGUGGGGUUUGGGUGGAUGUUGUGGGGAUGUUGUUGUGGUUUGCUACGUUUGUUGGUGAGUUAUCAUUGCUUGCUUUCACUUGCAUGGAGUUCGGCUGUUGACGAUUUUUUUUCUAUCAGGUGGUGGAAUUAUGUGGUGGAAGGAUAGGCAUGGUAAGAGCAUUUAUACCGGGAGGGGCAGUGUGGCUUAACUUGAGGGCGAGGGGAUGGAAGGGAUAUGAGAGUAGAGAAAGAGAGGGGGGGGGUGGGGGGUAGGCUUGGGCUUGAGAUCGCUGGUCGAGGAUGGUUAAUCAAUGGAUGGAAAAGCGAAUGGAUGGAUGGAUGGAUGGGGAACCCGGAGUACUGGCGCAUUCAUUUCCUCAUUUUUUUUCGCGCUCUCGGGAUACUAAGGAUGUGGGACCCGCUGUAUUAUAAUAAUAUUAUGAUAUCCCUUACU